AUGGACGCAGNNGAAUUUCUAUCUGAAACGUUAGAAAAGUUAGACAUCUUGACGGACAGAAUUGAUAUUGAAAGCUCGAAGGUCAGGGGCACAUCGAAUGGCCACACCAAAGGCGACCAAAACGAGAUUGAUGGGAAUUCAGAUGGCGAUUCAAACUCGACGAAAGAAGCUAUUCGCGGUCUGGUUACAUAUGCCCAGGAACUUGUUGUAAGCAUCCAAUGCUAUCAUUCAUGGACUUUGACAGCGAGCUUACCGCGUCCAAUAGNNUCCAACAUUGCAGUCUGUGCUUCGCACCAGGCUCUCAUUACGAAUAACGUUCUGGAUCUAAGCAGGCUCGAUGCUGGCAAGGUAGAGCCGUCGUUUGACCUUGUCGAUUUGCGCGCACUCGCAAACGAGGCUGUUGGAAUGAUGGUCUCGAGAGCACGCGUAAAGUCUAUCAAUUUGCGACUGGCAAACGAUGAUGCUCCGCCUUUGUAUUUGAAGGCAGAUUCAACACUCAUGUCCCAAGUGUUGUUGAAUCUGAUAGGCAAUGCCGUAAAGAACGGCAACAUUGUGGUCGAGAUAUACUCAGAACCUCCAGAUAAUGAUGGGCGCGUCGUCUUCCACGGCUCGGUCAUCGAUGAUGGUGUGGGAAUGACAGAAGCCGAACAACAAAGAUUAUUCAAGCGCUUCUCGCAAGCCAACAAGCGAGUCGCGCAGACCUACAAGGGCUCGGGAUUGGGUCUCAGCAUCAGCAAGGAGAUUGUCAAAGUGUUGGGUGGAGACAUGGCUGUGCAAAGUACUGCAGGCAUUGGCAGCACUUUCAGCUUUUCUACUAUGCAUGAUCAUCCAACCGAGAGCGAGUUGGCUUCCUUCCUCGAAUUAGGAAGUGAUGCGGCUACUGCUGUCGCCACAGACCUCGAGAAGUUCGAGAUGAGCAACUCUGCUUCAAUAGCAGCAAUCCCCAAAAUCAACCUUCGUCACUUGUCAAAGAACUUGGAAGCCCUGGGAUACGACCAUGUCCUAUGCAACAAUGGCAAAGAAGCAGUAGACAUCUUCACACAACCAGAGUCCGACAUUGACGCCGUCAUCGUCGUAAGUAAAGCUGCAUCAAUGACCAAACAAGAAUCAUUAACUGACCACACCACAGNNGACAUGAGCAUGCCCAUCAUGGACGGCCUCGAAGCAACACGCCUAAUGCGCGACCACGAAGUCUCUCACCCAAACAGCAAUCCCCGCCGCAUACGAAUCCCCAUCAUCGCUCUAUCGGGCAACGCCAUGAAGGAGCAAGUCCAAGAAGCCAUGCAGGCAGGCACGAGCGACUACAUGAUCAAGCCCUGCAAAAGAGCUCAACUAAAACUCAUGCUCGAACAUUGGGAGCGUACUCUGAAUGAUGGGUCUGCGCAUACGCCGCUGGUCGUCAAGUGA